ACUGUAGCUAUACCAUUCAUGUUAUGUUAAGCAUCUGUUAUCAGUAACAGAGUAACGAUAGUUAAAUCUCUGCUCAAGACAUCGAUAUCUAUCGCGUGGAAUUAAUCGAAAAGCAAAAUGGCAGACGUAGAAAAGGAGACCGAGAAGAAAAUCUUGUAAAUAAUCCAAAUAAAGUUGCAUAUUUGUCGCAAACAAUAUGCCAAUUGCGCAAAACGCGUGUGAAUAUAAAUCGUGACGCGUAAAUAACUCGUGCGUAUAAUUCUAGCAAUAACAAGUGCUCGCGUGUGUGUCUGCGGCGGCAAAAAGCAAGCCCAGAGUAAAAUAUCCAAUCAAAAUUCGCUUGAACGCGACAAGCAAAAGCAGAAAAGCUAAACAAAGCAAUAAAUGUGUCUACAAUGCCAACCAGCGGGCACGGACACCAUAUAAAAUUUAAUUUCAAAAUGUGCAAUUUCCAAAAACAAAUAAUAUAACUACAAUAAAAAGCAGGAAAAAAAGAGUCGAAUCGACCAGUGAACACUUAAAAACAAAAUAAACUGUUAAACACACACAUUCUUGGCAAAGUGCGUACAAAAACAAAAUAAGCAAAAGCGAGGAGAAGCACAAGUACACAUACGAAAACAAAAGCGGGAGGGACGCAUUAUUGCUAGAAGCUGGUGCACGGCACAGACUGCAAAGUGGCGGCGCUAAUCGGAAAUAGUGCUGGUGCAGCGGCAGCGGCGUCCAUGUUACACGGGCGGCAGCAGCAGCAGCACAACAACAACAUUAAUAAUAGUUAUAUCAACAACAACAAGAACAAUAAUAAUAUUAUAAGGAUAGCACAACAACAACAACAGCCGGCGGUGUGGUUGUGGUGUCGCCAGUUGUGGCCUUAAGCAUGUAGUCGCAUUUAGGCUGACACUAGAAGCAGACGCAAAAGCUCUAAAGCAGCACAAUUUGAACCGUACCGAGGUUCGCCAGAAGAAAACUAAACAAACACACAAAGAAAAAGAAACUCACAAAACACAACACCAAUGAAAAAUGUCACAAAGAGGUAAACGCGGUAACCAGCAGCAGCAGCAGCUGCAGCAGCCGCCGCAGCAGCAGCAGCGACAAGAUGUUGAACCGCAACCGCCGCCCACAAAGCGACGCAAAGGUCGGCCGCCCAAUGGUGCACCUGCAGCAGCAGCAGCAACAGCAGCAGCGAAAUCCACUGGCUCGACGGCGGAGCAACAAGACCAACAUCACGGGCAAGCAAAAUCAACAACAACAACAUCAGCAGCAACAACAACAAAGCAAGUGGCCAAGGCCAAGUCGGCCAGUAAAAGUAAAUCGCAGGGUAACGGCAGCGGAAACAGCAACAGCGGCAACGGUAACAAUAAUAGCAGCGGCGGUGGAAGCAACAGCACGUGGCAAGCGCGCUCUGUGGCCGAUAUAAAAAUGUCGAGCAUCUAUAAUCGCAGCUCAACAGAAGCGCCAGCUGAACUCUAUCGCAAGGAUCUCAUAAGCGCAAUGAAAUUGCCCGACUCGGAGCCAUUGGCCAACUACGAGUAUCUAAUUGUUACUGAUCAAUGGAAGCAGGAAUGGGAAAAGGGCGUCCAGGUGCCUGUCAAUCCGGAUUCGCUGCCAGAGCCAUGUGUUUAUAUGCUGUCGGAGCCAACAGUGACGCCGGCGCAUGACUUUAAACUUCCAAAAAAUCGUUUCCUGCGCAUCACCAAAGACGAGCACUAUUCGCCGGACUUGCAUUGUCUGACGAAUGUUGUUGCACUGGCGGAGAACACAUGUGCCUAUGAUAUUGAUCCCAUUGAUGAGUCCUGGUUGCGUCUCUAUAAUAGCGAUCGGGCCCAAUGCGGCGCCUUUCCCAUUAACGAAACGCAAUUCGAGCGAGUCAUCGAGGAACUCGAGGUGCGUUGCUGGGAACAAAUUCAGGUCAUACUUAAGCAGGAGGAGGGCUUGGGCAUUGAGUAUGAUGAGAAUGUCAUCUGCGAUGUUUGUCGCUCGCCCGACUCUGAGGAGGCCAACGAAAUGGUAUUCUGUGAUAAUUGCAAUAUCUGCGUACACCAGGCCUGCUAUGGCAUUACAGCGAUUCCAUCUGGCCAAUGGCUAUGUCGCACCUGCGACAUUGGCAUAAAGCCGGACUGCGUGCUCUGUCCGAACAAAGGUGGUGCCAUGAAGUCCAGCAAAUCGGGCAAGCAUUGGGCGCAUGUCUCCUGUGCAUUGUGGAUACCCGAAGUUAGCAUUGGCUGUGUGGAUCGCAUGGAGCCCAUAACAAAAAUCUCAAGCAUUCCGCAUAGUCGCUGGCAACUCAUAUGCGUCCUCUGUCGUGAGCGCGUCGGCAGCUGCAUACAGUGUUCAGUAAAGACCUGCAAGACAGCAUACCAUGUAACCUGUGCCUUUCAGCACGGACUGGAAAUGCGCGCCAUCAUUGAGGAGGGCAACGUUGAGGACGGCGUCAAGCUGCGCUCCUAUUGCCAAAAGCAUAGCAUGAGCAAAGGCAAAAAGGAAGGCGGCGCAGGAAAUAAAACGGCUUCCUCCAGCUGUAUGCAAAAAGGCAAUAAAUACGCCGCAAGUGCCAGGAGCGGUAGCGCCGCUACCGAUGAGCAUGGCACAAGUAGUUCCAAGGGUGAUGAGCAUCGGAGGCGCAAAAAUCAUCGCAAACAUGAAUUAACUUCCGAGGAGCGCAACGAGGCGCGUGCGCAGCGCUUGCAAGAGGUGGAAGCUGAGUUUGAUAAACAUGUGAAUAUCAACGACAUAAGCUGUCAUUUGUUUGAUGUGGAUGAGGAUGCAAUUGUGGCCAUUUAUAACUAUUGGAAACUGAAGCGUAAAUCGCGACACAAUCGCGAACUAAUACCGCCCAAGUCUGAGGAUGUGGAAAUGCUGGCACGCAAACAAGAACAACAGGAUUUGGAGAAUCAUAAGCUGGUGGUGCAUCUGCGUCAGGAUCUCGAGCGUGUGCGUAAUCUCUGCUACAUGGUCAGUCGACGUGAGAAGCUAUCACGCUCACUCUUUAAGCUGCGCGAACAAGUGUUCUACAAACAGCUGAGCGUGCUGGAUGAGCGCUACCUAAAGCCGAGCUCAACGGACAAUAAGUUGGAGCUGCAGCAGCAACGUCCCGAAUUGGAUACCAAGGCCAUUAUUUAUGCUAAUGAUGGACCAACGUUGUACGAUCGCUUCUACAGCUCAUCGGAUCAGCAAACUGUGCCGGCGCAGUAUCAGAGCUUAGAAUAUAUACUCGAGCAGAUCAUGGGAAAGCUGCAAACGUCGUCAUCAACGUCGCCUAGCAAACGCAGGCAGACGGUGGCCAACAAGAGCUCGCCCAAUAAGAAACUCAACAAUGGUGCAAUAACAAGUAAUACAACAACGGCUAACAAAGCCACCAAGCCACGUGGCUCGCCGCGGGCGUCAAAUGCGGCGUCUACGGCGAUGCCGUGUGCGGGGAGGCGUGCCUCAAAGAGCGCUACAAACACAACAACAGCAACAACUACAACAGCAACUGGUGCAACAACAACUACCAAAGUCACGUCCGCCAUUACGUCUAGCGGCAGCUCAUCAUCGGCUGAUUCCAGCUCGGCGCAUGGCAGUGCCAGCAGUAGCAGUGGCAGCGCCAGUGGCAGCAGCAGCUCUUCCGAUUCUGGCAGCGCCAGCAACUCUGGCUCUGAUACCGCCAGCGCCAGCGGCAGCCUUAAAAACAAACGGGUUGGCAGCAAGGCCGCACGCAAGCAAACCUACGCCCGCAGCAUUGAUCAGCGACAGAAACAGCGACAGCAGCGGCAACGUCAAAGUGAAGCGGCUGCGCGUACGCCUGCAGCGACUGGUGAUGCCCACAGCAACAGCAGUCGGAGCAACAGCAGCAGUAGUAGCUCCAGCGAGGAUGACGAUGCUGACGAACGGCAACGGGAACGCGAGCGUGAGCGUGCCAAGCGUGUCGGUAAAAACCAAGUACCUGCCAAAAUGCAGCCAACUAAGUCAAAGCCCAGCACAACAGCAGCAGCAACAACAACAGCGAAAAGAAAACUGUCCACAGCAGCAGCAGCAGCGACAACGACGCCAGCACGAGGACUUGCACAAAUGGACAAGGAGCUGCGACAACAGGACUCUGCGAGUCUCUCAAGUGAUGAAAGUGAAGAGCUGUUGCCUCUAAAGACAACCUCAACAACAACAACAACAACAUCAUCAAUCAACAGCCAAAUUAACAACAGUUACUCGGACUCGGAAAGCUCCACAAGCAGCGCGCCGGAGCGAGAGCAUGAAGAAGCGCGCGGUGGCGAGGAAGAGCAUGCGGCAGCGGAGAGUAACGUGAGCGAUUCACAAAAUCAGCAGACCAUACGCACCAAGGCAGCCAUGAAGGAGUUUGUGCCAGGCACCAGCGCCACAACGACGACACCAACAACAACAACAGCAGCAGCAGCGACUACAAACAAAGCCAAAGCCAGCACCAAAGCAAAAAGCAGCGCAUUGCAGUCCAGCUUUGCAGCGGUUGAUCUGCUGGUGGUGCCGCAACGGCAGGCAGCGAAGAAAGCCUCCGAGAACAUGCGAAUCUCCACAAGCCUCACCAACACGCUGCCCGAUGCUACAGAUCGUCUACGAGAGCCCGAGUCCAACGCCAGCGCCAGUGCUGCGAGUAGCGGCAAGAGCAAAGCGAAGGAGAACUCCAGUCGGGUGGCAGAUGUUGAAAGAACGCGCGCCAAGGAGCAGCAGCAGCAGAAGACUACGGCGGGCAAGACGGUGACAGAGCCUACGGCAGAGCGCGGUAAGCGUGGCAGACCGCCCAAGGUGCAGCGUGAUAAGGACAAGGAAAAAGAGAAGCUGGAGCAGGAGAAGACAAAAGAAAAUGAAAAGGAAAAAGAAAAGACCAAGGAGAAGGAGCUAGAAAAAGAAAAGGAAAAGGCUAAGGAAAUGGAGAAAGAGCAAGAAAAAGAAAAAGCUAAGGAGAAGGAAGAAAAGGAGAAGGAAAAGGAAAAGCUGCCAGCAAACAAAUCCAAUGAGCUGGCCAGACUUCAAAGCUUUGCCGUCUCAUAUGUGCCACAACGCAAGGCGGCUAAAAAGGCAGCCGAACAGCUGAAGAACAGCGGGGGCACUGCACUUGGCAAGCCAAGUCAAGAGGCAAGUAGCGAGCUGGCAAGCGAAAAGGAUGUGGAGAGCAAAGGAGCAGCAGCAACAGCCAGCACCACGCCGAAUAAAGCGCAGGCAGCCAAGCAGCAAUCCACGCCAACCCAACGGCGCGCCUCAUUGCUCAAGGAGCAGCAGACCACGCCGACCCAGCGACGCGCCUCCUUGCUUAAGGAACAGCAAACGCCGCCGUCUCAACGACGCGCCUCCUUGCUCAAGGAGCAGCAGACGCCGCCGGCCCAACGACGUGCCUCAUUGCUUAAGGAGCAGCCACGCAGACGGCAAUCCAAGGAGGAUGUCGCUACGUCUGUAAAACGACGCAUAGCGCCGCCCAAUCUGUCCAGUUCCAGCUCUGGCGACAGCGACAGCAGUAGCAACUCCUCCAGUACCAACAGCGACAGUUCCAGCAGCGGCAGUGGCUCCGACUCUGAUAGCGAAAGCGAUGCAACGCCUGAGAAGCCCAAGCAGACAACAACAGCAACCACAGCAGCAACAACAAACUCUACAGUGCCAAAGCGCUCGCCACGCAAAUCGGUGGAGAAACCGCCGCCAGCGCAGUCGCCAGCAACGCUAGCGAAUCGCAGUCGUCGUAAUUCUACGCAGAAAUCGCCAAAGACAACGCCACAGAAACCGCCGACACCGCCAGAGAUGGGCAAACGUUCCACACGUAAUUCCAAGUCACGCCCGCCAACCCCAACGCCAGCGUCAACACCAGCGACAACAACGCCGGUGAAGGCAAGUCCGGAGAAGCCAAUGGCUGCCACGCCCACUUCCAGGCGCAAGUCACGCGCGGAGUCGCCCAAGAAGAACACUCCCAAUCUGGAGCAUGAGCUGGCGCAGCGUAAGGCGGCCACGGGACGCAUGAGCAGCGCGCUGGAUAAAAUGCUUGACAAGAAGCAGCAGCAGCUAAACAAUGCCACGAUCACACCGACGCCUACACCUACGCCGACGUCAACGCCCACGCCGCCACCCAAACCGCGUGUGCCAACUCCAACAGUGCCAGCAGCACCACCACCAGCAGCACCAACACCAACACCAGUUGAGCCUCCAACCAAGAGCUCGACCUUUGAUGCCGGCAGCGAGGCUGGCGAACAGCCAAUGGAUAUAGACGAGGAGCUGACCACCGCACCCACGCACACACAGAUGUCGGCGAAUGCCAGUAAACUGGCCGAGUUGUCAGCAGACAUUGAUGAGCGGCCGCCAGCGGCACCGCUGCCCGCCUCGCCCACACCGACGCCUUCCAACGAUGAAUUGUCCGAUGAUGCAGCGGGCAGCGAUUUAAGCGAUCGUAGGCGCAGCAGUCGCUGGCGACGUCGUCGCCGACGCACGCGUGAUGAGGAUGAGAUGGAGGAGCAUACGCAUCAUACACAGCAUUUGCUCAAUGAGAUGGAAAUGGCACGCGAGUUGGAGGAGGAGCGUAAAAACGAGAUGCUUGCCAAUGCCAGCAAAUACUCCGCCUCCACAUCCUCGCCAGCGGUUAUUGUGAUACCACCCGAACCGCCUGAGAUUAUAGAGCUCGAUUCCAAUUCCAACUCUGCCGAAAAUCAGCAGCAGGCGCAGCUCCAGCAGCAGCAGCAACCACCACCACCCACGCCUACACCGCUGUUACCGCCUACAGAGCAGCUGGCGCCUAUAGUUCCGCUAGAGCUGGAUGUCACCCAUCAGCCCAUAGUGGACACCAUUUUGGAAAUGGAAGACAGCAAGUUUGCCCGCCAUUUUGUCAACAGCUUGAGCAGCGUGGCCAAUGUGCUCAAUCCGCCCAACUCAGGGCCGCUUCAGCUGCUCGGCAGCAGCCUCAGCAGCAGCCACAACAGCAGCAAACUUAUCUCCGAAGAGGAUAACGCGCUGGCCACUCGCAAUCUGCUGGAGAAACUGCGCAAGACCAAAGCGCAAAGCCGCUGGAAGGAAAGCAAGGAGCCUCCCAUGGAUCUGAUGCCGCCCACACCCGCCAUUCCCUCUGUCUAUCCCUAUCACAAUGCAGCCGAUCCCGAGGAUAUCAUACAUGUGCAAGACAACACAACAGAAGCAACAUCAACACAGCAGCAGCAAUAGCAAGCAGCAACAACAAAGCAGCAGCAACAAAGUUGCUUGUACAACAACUCGGCGCCCAACUCUGUCUGCAGUCAGCUGACAAUCAAGGACUCGCCGAUGACGGCCAACAGCGGUGGAAGCUACGGCAACAGUUUAGCCAAUACGCCCAAUGCCACGCCCACAACCCCGCACAACGCAGUCAACAAUAAUCUGGGCUACAGCAGCAUGAACUAUGUGAACUACAUGGAGAAGGCCUCGCCGCAUGCGCACCAACAGCUGCUCAAGGCGCCCGCCAGCAACGGCAGCCAAACGGCAGCAGCAGCAACACCCAACGCUGCUCUCACGCCCACGGCCACUGCCGCUCCCGACUUUGUGGACCUGGCUGCGGCAGCGGUGAAAAAUAAUAUGAGCGUUUAUGCCACAGCCGCAACACUGCCCGUGCAGCCGGCCACGUUGCCCAUCAACAGCAGCAGCAGCAGCAGCAUAAACAACAAGCUGAGCGACUAUGAUGACAACACGCGCAUGCAAUCGCCAUUUGGACGCAUGCAGCGCUGGAAUGAGAACGAUCUGAUAGCAGCGCGACGCAGCAGUUCGCCCAGCUCCGUGUCGGAGUCGAAUGACCAAGCGCCCAGCGAGUUGGCCCAGCAGCUGGACAAGAGCUACUACAACAGCUAUGCGGCAACAGCAGCAGUGGCGGCAGCAGCAGCAGCAGCGGCGGCGGCGGUGACAAACACAGCGGCAACACUUGUCAACAGCAGCAGCGUCAACAACAAUGCCAACAACAGCUUCGGCAGCCAUACGCCGCUCGUCAAUGGCAUCGAUGCCUUGGGCAUGUACAACAGCAACACAACGCCGCAUCACCAACAUCAGCAGCAACAGCAACAGACCACGCCCACUCAGCAUCAGCAGCAGCAGCAGCAGCGCACGCCCAACAGUCAGUUCAAUGGCGGCAUUUAUCCAGCAUUGGCAGCUUUGAUGCAGCAGCCCACAGAUUAUGCCAACAACGCUUCAGCGCAGCAGCCGCCGGCCUAUGCUGGCACGCCCUAUGCCACGCCCAUCCUAGCACCAACGCCAUACCAGCUGCAGUCGCCCGUGGAUGGCAGCAUGCCGCCAUAUCCGACCACGCUCCUGGGCAGCUGUGCAGAGCAAAUGCCCAGCAUGUUGCCGCCAACGCCGCCAGUGACUCUUCUGUCUCACCACAAAAGCGCAACAGCUCGAGAAUGCGCAAUCAGCAAGCAGCAGCAGAUGAAGCAACAGAAGUCGCCGCAGCUGCCGCAGGGCAAGUCGCCAGGCAAAUCGCCCAGACAGCCGACGGUUCUGCUGGCGCCUCCGCCGCAAGCUACAACGCCUACGCCGGCGACGCUCAUGCCGCCCAACAAUGCCAAGUACGAUCCCUUGACGCACACCCUGGCGGGUAAGCCGCGUCAGCGUGCGCCGCGCGGCAGUGGCGCCAAUGCAGGCUCACGUGGUCGUGGUCGUGGGCGAGGUCGUGGUCGAGGCGGCAGCACUGUCAGCGCCAUUCUGCCACUGCCGCCGCCCAUGGCGGACUACGGCAGCAAUACGCACAUUGUUAACAAUCUGGUGGGCACGCCCUUUGAGUUCAACAACUACGACGACGAGCUGUCCGGCCCCGGCGUGGAGAAUCUGCAGUCGUUGCGCGAUCGUCGACGCAGCUUUGAGCUGCGCGCGCCCAAUGCCGCGCCCACUACCAGCUAUGCCAGCAAACCGCGUCAGCAUAAACCGCAGCCGCUAGUGCCGCCAGUGCCGCCCGUUUCGUCCCAGUCAGCGAGCGCCGCUGCCUCGAAUCCACUGCUGCAUGCCAUAGUGCAGCCCGUGCUGCCUGGACCCGUGGACAUGCGCACCUAUAAUCUGAGCUUCGAGGCGCCGCACAGCACCGCCUCGCAGGAGGCCUAUCAGAACAAUCUGCUGGGCGCCUUCGACUCGGGCACUGCGGAUCAGACGCUCAGCGAGUUCGACGAGGAGGAUGAGCGCCAGUUCCAGUCGGCGUUGCGUGCCACCUGCACCACCACCACCAGCAGCAGCAACAGCAACAACAACAACAACAUCAAUAAUAACAACAACAGUUCGCCCACGAAGCUGCCUGCCACUGCAGUGGUGGUGCCCACGCCAGCAGCGACAGUAGCCCCGACGCCGACAGCAUCGAGCAGCUUGCUCAACAGUGCGUUGCAUUCGACGGAAGCGAAUCUGUCGGCGCCCAGUUUGUCCAGCAAUGCGCACAUCUCUGAGCUGGUAGUGCCGCCCUUGGAGGCUUCGAUGGAGGCCACCUCCGAGGAGGUGUCCAUUGACUCGGACACCACAACGCUGACCACCAAAGCGUCGCUGUCGGAUUCGCGCAACCAGCUGAAGUUUAAGAUCAAAGGACCGCUGGCAUAUCCGGAUCUGCAAUAUGGCAAUACGAACAACAGCAACAUGUCCACUUCCAGCUUGGCUCAGGCGAAUUCCGUGCAGACCACGGUGACGGCCCAGCUGACAGCGACAGUAGCGAGCGCGUCCACCGUGAGCGGCAACUCGCGACGCAUGCGCAAGAAGGAGCUGCUCAGCUUGUAUGUGGUGCAGAAGGAUACGCUGAAUGAUGAUGAGCUCACAUGUGAUCUGCCCGCGGCCUCGGACAAUCUGCCCUUGGACAAUCUGCGCAAGUCGGAUGCCAGCGAACUGGAUGAGGAGCAGCUGGCCACCGCCAUUCAGAAGCGUUUCAAGAAGAACGCCAGCAAUCGCGAGCUGCGCGCUCUGGAUGCCAAUGCGGGUCUGGAUGAGCAGCUGCUGCCGGCAGCUGCAGCAGGCGCCGGCAAUGAAGGACGUCGGCGCAGCGCCUGCAGUUCGGGCAGCAAUGACAAUGGCAAGACGGGCGCUGCCAGCAGCGCAGGCAAGCGACGUGGACGCAGCAAGACGUUGGAGGGCAGCGAAGAUGAUCAUCAGAACUCGAAGAUGAAGAGCAAAAUGCGCGGGACGGAGGGCAGACUCAACAACAGCUAUGAGAUAACGCGACGAGCGUGUCCGCCCAAGAAGCGUCUGACCACCAACUACAGCACGCCCACGCUGGAGGAGAUUAAGCGCGAUUCGAUGAACUAUCGCAAGAAGGUUAUGCAGGACUUUGACAAGGGCGAGGUAAAGAAGAAGCGCGACAAGUUGGGCAAAGAGUCGUCCGGCAAGCCGAAAAAGGAUAAAAAGGACAAGCCGAAGAAGGACAAAAAGGAGAAGAAGCGACUCAAGCAGCAACAGUUGCUGCUCAACAAUUGUCAAGGCAAUUCCAUGACCACGAUGCUCAUCGAGAACACAGCCAGCGACUCGCCCGGAGACAUGCCCAAGCUUAUAUUGCGCAUAGGUAAGCGCAAGCCGGAGGCGGCAAGCACGCUGGAGCAGCAGCCACUAGCUGCACCCAUAGAGGCGCCGCUGCGCUUGAAGAUUGCGCGCGUUUCAGCAGGCGGUGGCUACGUGAUUGGCGCCAAAUCGGAGACAGUGCCAGUGCCAGCGGUGACGGCGGCGGCGACGAUUACAGUUUCACCUGCAGCGCCUACAGAUCUGCCGCUGUUGCCACUGGUGGGCGCCUCGCCGUCGGGCAGCUUGCUGCUCAACAGCUUUACGCCGCAUUCACAGAAUGCGAACGCUUCGCCCGCGCUGCUCAAUAAGGACAGCGGCACACCCUCGCCGCCCUGCCUAGUGAUAGACUCGAGCAAGAGCGCCGAUGUGCAUGACUCUACCUCGUUCCCGGAUAGCGGUGCGGGCGGCUUGGCGGCAGGCGUUCCAGACAGCGCUGCAAGCAGCGUGGUCGGCUUGGGUGCCACGACGCCGCUGUGCGUCAAUGUGGGGAACUAUGACAAUAGCAACAACUCUGUUUCCCUCGGCGUGGAUCUGGCUCGAGAGCUCCUGAAACAGCAUCAUACCAACUGCCUCGGCCUUUUGCCACGUUUUGUAACAGCACCACUAGGCAUGGAGAUCAAGAUCGGAUCGAAUGGUCAACGAUAG